AUGAUAUCAGCAGAGGAAGCUCUCCGAACAGUUCUCAAAGUUGCUUACCGUCUGCCACCUGUCACCGUUCCACUUCACGACGCUCUCGGCAAAGUUCUGGCCGUAGAUAUUCGCGCUCCCGAUCCUCUUCCACCUUAUCCUGCCUCAGUCAAGGAUGGAUAUGCAGUGAUAGCAUCAGACGGACCAGGUGAAUAUCCGGUUAUAACAGAAUCGAGAGCUGGAAAUGACGGACUUGGUGUUACCGUAACUCCCGGCACCGUUGCUUAUGUUACAACCGGAGGACCAAUACCUGAUGGAGCGGACGCAGUUGUUCAGGUUGAGGAUACCGAAAAAGUCGAAGAUCCUUCGGCUAAGCGAGUGAAAAUAUUGGUACAGACUCGCAAGGGCGUUGAUAUUCGUCCAGUGGGAUGUGAUAUUGAGAAAGAAGCUGUUGUUUUAAAAUGUGGAGAAAGAUUAGUUGCUUCGGAAAUUGGGUUGCUUGCUACUGUUGGUGUAAUGAUGGUGAAGGUGUAUCCUAUGCCUACAAUUGCGGUUCUCUCUACUGGAGACGAACUUGUGGAGCCAACAACUGGUGGUCUAAGUCGUGGCCAGAUUAGGGACUCCAACCGUGCUAUGUUACUGGCAGCUGCAAUACAGCAACAAUGCAAGGUUCUUGACCUUGGAAUUGCUCGAGAUGACAAGGAAGAACUUGAGAGGAUCCUGGAUACAGCCUUUUCUGCUGGGAUUCAUAUUCUUCUAACUUCUGGAGGUAUUUCCAUGGGAGACAAGGAUUUUGUUAAACCACUGCUUGAAAGCAGAGGGACUGUACAUUUUAACAAGGUUUGCAUGAAGCCAGGGAAACCUUUGACAUUUGCGGAAAUCAGUUCAAAACCAACUGACAAUAUUGCAUCAAGAAAAAUUCUUGCCUUUGGAUUGCCUGGAAACCCAGUGAGCUGCCUAGUUUGUUUUCAUCUCUUCGUAGUCCCUGCUAUCCGCCUUCUUGCUGGAUGGGCAAAUCCUCAUCUCUUGAGAGUGCAGGCUUGCCUUCACCAGCCCAUAAAGGCAGAUCCAGUGCGUCCGGAAUUCCAUCGUGCAAUUAUUAGAUGGAAGGUUAAUGCUGGAUCGGGCAAUCCAGGAUUUGUUGCUGAGAGCACUGGUCAUCAAAUGAGCAGUCGGCUUUUAAGUAUGAAAUCAGCUAAUGCUUUAUUGGAGUUGCCAGCAACUGGCACUGUAAUUCCUGCUGGAUCUUCUGUCUCAGCCGUCAUAAUUUCUGAUUUAAGCAGUACUUCUAGUAGUGAGAGUGGCUUAUCACCAGACUCAGCAUCCUCCGGACAGGGAAAUACAUAUAGAGAAACACUUGCAGGUGAGGCGUUGAAUGGUGAGUUCAGAGUAGCUGUUCUAACAGUGAGUGACACUGUUGCAUCAGGGGCUGGGCCUGAUCGAAGUGGCCCUCGCGCAGUGUCAGUCGUAAGUUCCUCAUCAGAAAAAUUAGGAGGAGCACGAGUUGUUUCAACAGCUGUUGUCCCAGAUGAUGUGAGCAAAAUCAAGGCAGUUGUGCAGAAAUGGAGUGAUAUUGAUAGAAUGGAUCUCAUCCUUACCUUGGGAGGCACUGGCUUUACUCCACGAGAUGUGACUCCCGAAGCAACCAAGGAGUUGAUUGAGAAGGAAACACCGGGCCUUCUAUAUGUCAUGAUGCAAGAGAGUUUAAAGGUGACACCUUUUGCUAUGUUAUCACGAUCUGCAGCAGGAAUAAGAGGCUCAACAUUGAUCAUCAAUAUGCCUGGGAAUCCUAAUGCCGUUGCGGAAUGUGUGGAGGCUUUGUUGCCUGCCCUUAAGCAUGCAUUAAAGCAGAUAAAGGGAGACAAGAGAGAGAAACAUCCUCGUCACAUUCCUCAUGCACAAGCAGAACCUGUAGACACAUGGGAACGCAGCCAUAAGCUGGCCUCCGGCAACGCCAUAGAGCCCAGUUGUUCUUGUUCCCAUUAA